AUGGAAUUUUUAGAGCCAUUUUUCCUAAGAACCACCCUCAAUCAGGCCAAAAUCCCAGUAAAAAUGCACCCAACUCUGUUUGAAGCAAUAUUGAGGAAUGACAGGGAAAUGCUGAGCAGCUUGAUUCGGGAGAACGGCAACAUUCUGGACCAUACCACCAAGUCUGGUUUGGAAACAGCACUUCACCUGGCUUCCAAAUAUGGAAAAGAAGAUUUGGUGAUGGAGAUUGUGAAGCUUAAGCCAGAGAUGGUUCUGGCUGAGAACAAGAACAUGGAAACUCCGCUCCAUGAGGCCUGCAGGCAAGGCAACCCAAGGGUUGUGCUGAUGCUGCUAGAGGCUCAUCCAUGGGUGGCCUGCAAGCUCAACUGCAAUCAUCAAAGUGCUCUUUUCCUCAGUAGCAGCAAUGGUCAUUUAAAUGUGGUUAAGAUUCUACUGAGUCAACCAUGGUUGCUGGACCUUGAAGAUGAUGACGAUGUUUCCAUGUCUUCUCUUCAUGUUGCUGCGUCUAAAGGGCACACAGAAAUCGUGAGGGAGAUACUGAAGGCAUCGCCAAACUUGGCACAGAAGAUGGACGAAAAUGGAUGCAACCCGUUGCACUAUGCUUGCAGCGAAGGCCACCUGGACAUAACAAGGAUGCUUCUAAAGCAUGACAAGGGCAUGGCCCUGCGAGUCAACAACAAUGGCCACACGCCACUUCACUUGGCAGCCAUCAACGGUGAUGCUACAACCCUCAAAGCAUUCAUGGAGAUGGAUCCUGUAUCAUUCCACCGCCUCACCACGGAUGGUGAAACCGUGUUUCAUCUGGCCGCAAGGUUCAACAGACGCAUUGCAUUCAAGUUCCUGGCGGGUGCUUUCAGUGACACCAGGCUGCUUUACUGCCCUGACCAGUUUGGGAACACAGUUCUACACGUUGGAGUCUCUGGUGGACAUUACUCGCUAGCAGGAUUCAUAAUCAAUGAAACAAGAGUGAAGAUCAACCAACAAAAUGCCAGAGGACUUACAGCACUUGAUAUGGUAGUAAACAAUGCUGAAAACAGUGUAGAACUCAGCACCCUGAGAGAAAUGUUGGUACGAGCAGGUGGCAAAACAAGCAGCUCAGAAGAAGAAGUAGAAGAGAGCCCCAGAGAGGCAUUGGAGCGCGAAUAUAGCCGAAUAAUAGCCCUAUCACGGAACUAUUACUCAUUUGAAAAUCUUCAUCAAAUCUCAACAUCAAACGAGGGAACCACCAGCCCGCAGAUUAGGCAAGACUCUGCAACAAAGACAACAGCAGCAGCAGAACGAUUUAAGCAUGAUAGCCGGCUGCGAAGGGAGGAGCUGAUCAAAAUCUACAAGAUGCAGCACAAGAAGAACCAGAAGGUGUACAUAGAGGCUAUGCAGAAUGCCAGAAACACAAUCAUACUAGUAGCCAUACUGAUCGCCACAGUGACUUUCGCAGCCGGGAUCAACCCUCCAGGUGGAGUCCAUCAAGAUGGUCGAUUGGGAGGGAGAUCGAUGAUGGGGAGAACAACAGCUUUCAGGGUUUUCAUGAUAAGCAACAACAUUGCAUUGUUCACGUCUCUUGGGAUAGUGGUGGUUCUGGUCAGCAUCAUCCCAUUUCGGAGGAAGCCGCUGAUGAAGCUGCUCAGGGUUGCUCACAAGCUGUUAUGGGUAGCAGUGGCUUUCAUGGCUGUAGCUUACGUAGCAGGGACAUGUGUGAUUAUGCCGCAUGGUCACGAGGGGAGCUGGGAGUUUGAAGCGUCUGUGGCCAUUUGUGGUGGCGGUUUGGGGACCGUUUUCCUUUGGCUUGGAGUUGUUUUGGUGAAGCACUGGUUGAGGAAGACCAAGUGGAGAGAAGAAGAAGAAAAGAGAAGAGAAGGGGAUGGUAAUGGUAAUCCUAAUGGAAAUGGUGAUAAUAACGACUCACUCUCUUCUAAUUCUGAUGUGCUCAGUGCUGUGCUUCUGGGUUACCAUGCAUAUUGAUUGUUCAUCUCACUGCACCAUAAUAAAGGUGUUACUUAUUUCGGUC